CCAUGGGCUGGGAGCCCGAGUGGGACGUCGGCGCCAUCGUCGAGGGCGUCUGGCAGACCGGCGAGCGGACCCUGUUCCAGGGCGUCCAGAAGGUGGCGCCGGCCGGUUGGGUGGAGCUGGGCGUCGACGGGGAGCUGACCAAGGGGACGUACUGGGAUCUAGAGUAUGCUGACAAGGUACGUUUUGUUGUUGUUGUUGUUGUUGUUGUUGUCCUCUGGGAGGGUGAACAAAGGUAGAAUAAUAAAAA